GGGAGGGAAAGAAAGGCCGAGACAGAAGGAGCGAGAGGCGGCCGAGGGGCUGGUCCAGGCGCGGCCGCUAAGAGGAGACCAAGAGGCGGGGGCUGCACUUGACAACCAGCAUGCCGAGAUGGUGCACCUCUGCCAGUGAAGUCUUCUUGUUGACCAUCUCGUUUCACCAGUGACGGAACCUUGGUGAAGGUGUGAUGGGACAAACAUGUUUGCAUUUGUCAGAAGAGGCAGAAGUGGAUGUGAGAGAAAGAGAGACACAGAGAGACAGAGAGCCAAAGAGGGCAAGAGACUUGACUUUAAGAGACUCCUGUACUGACAACUCCAUGCAGUUCGGAACCAGAACGACUACAGCUGAACCAGGGUUCAUGGGGACAUGGCAAAACGCUGAUACUAACCUCUUAUUCAGAAUGUCCCAACAGGUUCCAGUGGCAUGUGCUGGCAGAGUGCUGGGUGCAGACUUCUGCCCAAACCUGGAGGAGCCAGACCAGAGGCUGGAAGUCCAGGCCAUCCGUUGCACACUGGUAAACUGCACUUGUGAAUGUUUUCAGCCGGGGAAGAUUAACCUGAGGACUUGCGAUCAGUGUAAACAUGGCUGGGUGGCACAUGCCUUGGAUAAGCUCAGCACGCAGCACCUGUACCACCCCACCCAGGUGGAGAUCGUGCAGUCCAACGUGGUGUUCGACAUCAGCAGCCUGAUGCUCUACGGGACGCAGGCGGUGCCCGUGCGGCUAAAGAUCCUGCUGGACCGUCUCUUCAGUGUCCUGAAGCAGGAGGAGGUGCUGCACAUACUACAUGGCCUGGGCUGGACGCUGCGGGACUACGUCCGGGGGUACAUCCUUCAGGAUGCUGCCGGCAAGGUACUGGACCGCUGGGCCAUCAUGUCUCGAGAAGAGGAAAUCAUCACCCUUCAGCAGUUUCUGCGGUUUGGAGAAACCAAGUCCAUUGUGGAGCUGAUGGCAAUUCAAGAGAAAGAAGGGCAGGCUGUAGCUGUACCAUCUUCAAAGACAGACUCAGACAUAAGGACUUUCAUUGAGAGCAAUAAUCGCACCCGGAGUCCCAGCCUUCUUGCUCACCUAGAGAACAGCAACCCUUCCAGCAUUCAUCACUUCGAAAACAUCCCCAACAGCCUUGCAUUUCUGCUUCCAUUCCAGUACAUAAACCCAGUCUCGGCCCCACUGCUAGGAUUGCCUCCAAACGGGUUACUGUUAGAGCAACCGGGACUAAGGCUGCGGGAACCAAGCCUUUCCACCCAGAAUGAAUACAAUGAGAGCAGUGAAUCUGAAGUAUCUCCCACACCUUAUAAGAAUGAUCAGACACCCAAUAGAAAUGCCCUGACCAGCAUUACUAACGUGGAGCCCAAAACCGAGCCAGCCUGCGUAUCUCCCAUUCAGAAUUCUGCCCCAGUCAGUGAUCUGACCAAAACUGAACACCCAAAAAGCUCCUUCCGGAUUCACCGGAUGAGAAGGAUGGGUUCAGCCUCUAGGAAAGGAAGAGUGUUUUGUAACGCAUGUGGGAAGACAUUCUAUGACAAAGGUACUCUCAAAAUUCAUUAUAAUGCUGUUCACCUGAAGAUCAAACACCGAUGCACCAUCGAAGGUUGCAACAUGGUCUUUAGCUCCCUCCGAAGCCGGAAUCGCCACAGUGCAAACCCUAAUCCUCGCCUCCACAUGCCCAUGCUACGAAAUAACCGAGACAAAGAUUUAAUUCGGGCCACAUCAGGAGCUGCCACCCCCGUCAUAGCAAGUACAAAAUCAAAUCUCACACUCACAAGCCCUGGCCGGCCCCCAAUGGGUUUUACCACUCCCCCACUAGACCCCGUCUUACAGAAUCCUCUGCCUAGCCAGCUGGUGUUUUCUGGGCUAAAGACUGUACAGCCAGUUCCUCCAUUUUAUAGAAGUUUACUCACUCCAGGGGAAAUGGUGAGUCCUCCAACCUCCCUCCCGACCAGUCCCAUCAUUCCAGCCACUGGUACCAUAGAGCAGCACCCCCCACCACCCUCUGAGCCCACAGCACCAGUACUGAUGAUGGCCACUCACGAGCCCAGUGCUGACCUGGCGCCCAAGAAGAAGCCCAGGAAGUCCAGCAUGCCUGUGAAGAUUGAGAAGGAGAUCAUUGAUACCGCUGAUGAGUUUGAUGAUGAAGAUGAUGACCCCAACGAUGGUGGAGCUGUGGUCAACGACGUGAGCCAUGACAAUCAUUGCCACUCCCAAGAGGAGAUGAGUCCAGGCAUGUCUGUGAAGGACUUUUCUAAACAUAGCAGGACCCGGUGCAUUUCAAGGACUGAAAUAAGAAGGGCUGACAGCAUGACUUCCGAGGACCAAGAACCUGAGCGGGACUAUGAGAAUGAGUCUGAGUCUUCAGAGCCCAAACUAGGCGAGGAGUCCAUGGAAGGGGAUGAGCAUAUUCACAGUGAAGUGAGCGAAAAAGUCCUGAUGAGCAGUGAGAGGCCUGAUGAGAACCACAGUGAGCCCUCUCACCAGGAUGUCAUCAAGGUGAAGGAAGAAUUCACAGAUCCCACUUACGACAUGUUUUACAUGAGCCAGUAUGGACUGUACAAUGGUGGGGGAGCCAGCAUGGCAGCCCUGCAUGAAAGUUUUACAUCGUCUCUGAAUUAUGGCAGCCCUCAGAAGUUCUCCCCAGAAGGAGACCUGUGUUCUAGCCCAGACCCCAAAAUCUGUUACGUGUGCAAGAAGAGUUUCAAAAGCUCCUACAGUGUGAAGCUUCACUAUAGGAAUGUUCACUUAAAAGAGAUGCAUGUCUGCACGGUGGCUGGCUGCAAUGCUGCCUUCCCCUCUCGCCGAAGCAGAGACAGAAACAGAAAUUUACGGAUGGAAAGAACCAUAGGUCCAGGACAUCGAGACAGCCUGCAUCUCCGUAGACACAGUGCCAACAUAAACCUGCAUCGCAAACUGUUGACCAAAGAACUCGAUGACAUGGGCCUGGACUCAGCGCAGCCCUCCCUUAGCAAGGACCUCCGGGAUGAAUUUUUGAUGAAGAUCUAUGGUGCCCAGCACCCCUUGGGGCUCGAUGUCAGGGAAGAUGCCUCCUCUCCCGCAGGGACUGAAGACUCCCACCUGAAUGGGUAUGGGAGAGGCAUGGCAGAGGACUACAUGGUCCUUGACCUGAGCACCACCUCCAGCCUGCAGUCCAGCAGCAGCAUCCAUUCCUCCCGAGAAUCCGACGCGGGCAGCGACGAGGGGAUUCUUCUCGACGACAUCGACGGGGCGAGUGACAGUGGGGAGUCCGCACACAAGGCCGAGGCCCCUGCCCUCCCGGGCAGUUUAGGGGCCGAAGUUCCAGGAUCUCUGAUGUUCAACAGCUUGUCCGGGAGCAAUGGUGGGAUCAUGUGCAACAUUUGCCACAAAAUGUACAGCAACAAGGGGACUUUGAGAGUGCACUACAAAACUGUGCAUUUGCGAGAAAUGCACAAGUGCAAAGUCCCCGGUUGCAAUAUGAUGUUUUCCUCUGUGCGAAGCCGAAACCGGCACAGUCAGAACCCUAAUCUCCACAAAAACAUUCCCUUCACUUCAGUAGAUUAGGCUCAGAACGGACACUACAGAUGCCAGCUCUCACCAGAUGGCCUACAUAUUUGAACUGCCAUAGUCAGUGUGUGCUUGUGUACUUGGGUAUGUGUGUAUGUGUGCGUGUGUGUGUGUGUGUGUGUGUACACAUGUACGCCUCUGUGUCUACAUACACACACAUGCAUCUUUUCUUUAGAUAUAAAAAGAUAAACACUAGGUGCUUUUGAAAUUGUUUUCUUUUUCCUUUAUAGUUUUGGGAAAGGGGUGGGAACUUUAAUUUGGGAGUGAAAACAGAGUACCCUUAAAACACACAUACACACACAUACACAAAGUGUGCAACUAGCCCAAAUUCUGAAAGAAUAAGAAUUCUCGGUCCUCUCCAGAGGGACAGUUUGUUGUACCCAUGACUGUUGCCUGCAAAGAAAUAAAUAAAAGGGGAAAAAAAAGAAAAAAGAAACAAAAAAGGAACUUCUUACAGUUGUCUUUUGUGAACUUUAAGGUUUUGAGAGAAUCUUCAAUUAAAGCAUGGCAGAUUCACCUGUAAAUAUUUAGCCUUGAGAGGCCAAUGAUGUAAAGCAAUUGUAUUGAUGGUUGUUUAACUCUUUUGUUUAAUUUUUACAGUUACAUCCAGCUGUUAGAUAUGCAGGAGAAAAAUAGUUUGCUGGCUAGCUCUAUUCAUUUAUGUUAGCAUUAAUGCACAUUUUUUUUUUUUUUUUUUUUUGAAGAAAAACCAUGGUCUUGUUUUUACUACCUGCUAGAUAGUGAUAAAGAGGUGCUGGCAUGCUUUACAGCACAGAUCUGAUUUUUUAAAAUGUCCUGUACUAGUACAUAAAUCCAGUCAUGCACUUUUUUCAUACACUACAAGGGGAUGUGUAAUAUCCAUGCUUCUUUUUUUAUCCUUAAACUAUUGCCAUACUUCAAGUAAGUGUCUUUUUAAAAAAAUUCACUUGUAUAAAAAUGGUCUGGUCAGUAUAGGGCACAAAUGCCAAACAAAAGUAUUAGUGUUAACACAAAACUGCCAACUUUGCACAAGUUUCCAGAAAAGAAAAUACAAUUAGUCACUCAACAUAACCACAGGCCAAUUUGCCGGCCACCAGAAAACCGCUUUAAAAAAAGAACACUUGGUGAUUCUUUCCAGUGCCGAAUGUUAUUAGAAUCAACAUUGCAUCCUUCUUGCUUAUAUGCUAAGUUACAUAAAAGGAAAACAAAAUUAUGUGGUGUGAAAUAGCGAAGGCAUUUACUCUUCAGAGGCAGGAUAAUAUUUCAGGAUACAAAAGCCCAAGUUACUCACUAUGGAACAAAGCUGAAAAUAGUAAAAGUGUUGAACACUCAUUUCCAAGGACCUAACCCUUCUCCUUUAAAAAGAAAGAAGUAAGUCCGCACUGGGUUGGUCUGUUGUAUGGCUGUCUAAUUUUUUGCAAGUUAGGCAGUCGUCCUAUGAUUCAGGCCCGUUUGAUAGACAAAAUCAAAAGACAUUUCACAGCGGCAGUUACUCAGAAGCUUUGAAAACAUGUGCUGAACUUGAAUUGAGCAACACUCCUUUCUGAAAAGCCAGACGAAGGGGGGUUUAAAAUAGGAUCUCUCACUGUUGAGUGUUUUGUGUUUCCCCACAUGAUUUGUCAGAGAGAAAUGAAAGCAAGCCUGAAACCCAGCAAUUGAGAGUGAGAAAGAGGGGGAGACAAUUCUCCAAACCUUUUUUGUUUUGUUUUGUUUUGUUUCCGAUGUUUACACAUGUUGCCUGAGCUGGUUAACCACAUGGGCAGCCCUCAGCUACCACAACAUACUGACUAAAUGAUGAUAUUUACUCAAGUUCAGUCUGCAGCCAAAACCAUUAGGACAUGCAUUGCAGACUGUGUUUUGUUGUCUUUUUUUUUUUUUUUUUUUUUUAAGUGGAGGGGGGAAA